AUGUCUUCGGAAGAGACACCAUCAGCCACACUUCUUCCAGCUCCAACCUUCGCCAGGCAGGGAUAUAUUGCCGAGACGGCCGAUCUCUCGCUAGCCAUUUCCAUUGUGAGGGUCAACGUGAGAGCCCCUGAAUGGACCACAUUCGUCAUCGACUCCGUCAAUUCCAACUCGACCGAUAAUGCUGAGUACAUCGUCGAGGAUAUCUCCAAGCAGAUGACUAGCCGCACUGUAAAAGAGAUGAUAGCGAAAACCGAUGAUUCAGGUGCAAUCUCUUAUGAGCUAUCAUUCGCGAAACCCAGAAAAGGGUCUUCCCAGGGAUCUGUUAACACAUAUCGUAGAAUGUACUUUGACCAAUCUUUAUAUAAUCAGAUUGUUGAUCCGACAAACAGUGUCAAUAAGUCCAGGACAGCUAGCGGCAGAGUGACGGGGAUUCGUCAACCCAGAACCGAACCUGUAGACGAAGGUUUGACUGGGUCCAAGAGUGUCACCAAAGACGUGCGAUCCUCGAAUGCUGCCAAGACGCAAGUCGAAUCGAAUGCAGCUGACCUGAUCCCGUCUUCGCUCCGGGGUCCGAUCGACUGCCAGAACACAGAGUUGACUUAUGAAAACGUCAUUCCUAGGGAUUAUUACUAUCUCAAAUGA